AUGAAACACAAAAGAGAGAGGCCAUAUAAAUGUAUAGAAUGUGGAAAGAGCUUCACUCACAGUGGUUCACUUACUUCCCAUACAACGAUCCACACAGGGGAGACGCCAAUUAAGUGUAUGGAGUGUGGAAAGACCUUUAGUCGGUACCAUCAUCUUACUGCCCAUCAAAGAAUCCACACAGGGGAGAAGCCAUUUAAAUGCAUGGAGUGUGGAAAGACCUUUGCUCGGGCUGAUGGUCUUACUUCCCAUAAAAGGAUCCACACAGGGGAGAAGCCAUUUAAAUGCAGGAACUGUGGAAAGACCUUUGCUCGGAGCAACAUUCUUACUUCCCAUAAAAGAAUCCACAUGGGGGAGAAACCACAUAAAUGCAUAGAAUGUGGAAAGACCUUUCUUCAUAACAGUAGUCUUGUUUCCCAUAAGAUGGUCCAAAUAGGGGAGAAACCAUAUAAAUGCAUGGAGUGUGGGAAGAGCUUUUUUCAGGGGAGUCAUCUUACUGCCCAUAACAGGAUCCACACUGGGGAGAAGCCAUUUAAAUGCAUGGAGUGUGGAAAAAACUUUGCUCGGAGCACUCAUCUUUAUUCCCAUAACAAGAUCCACACAGGGCAGAAGCCAUAUAAAUGCAUGGAGUGUGGAAAGACCUUUCUUCACAGCAGCCAUCUUUCUUCCCAUAAAAGAAUCCACACAGGGGAGAAGCCAUUUAAAUGCAUGGAGUGUGGAAAGACCUUUGGUCAGAGCAGCCAUCUUACUUCCCAUAAAAGAAUCCACACAGGGGAGAAGCCAUUUAAAUGCAUGGAGUGUGGAAAGACCUUUGCUCAGGCCGGUAGUCUUACUUCCCAUAAAAGGAGCCACACGGGAGAAACCAUGAGAAACCACACAAAUGUAUGGCGAAUGGAAACACCUUUCCUGACAGAAGUGAACUUACUUUGCACAAAAGGAUCCACAUGGGAGAAGCCAUUUAAAUGCAUGGAGUGUGGAAAAACCUUUAUUUGGAACGAUUACCUUAGUCCCUAUAGCAAGAUCCACAAAGGGCAGCAGCCACAUACUGACAGAGAAAGAAUGGAGACACAAUCUUUAGUAAAUGAGGAAACUGGAAAGGUCUGUUCUGCUAUUCAGCCUGGAAACUGUGGGGAGAUCUGGGUAAGAACUGGGCAGAAGGUCCUGGAGGAGGAAACCAUGAUCCAUUCAGAUGUUCAGCCCUGGAACUUCAGAAGCCUCCAAUACCAGGAGGCUGAGGGUCCCCGAGAACUUUGCAGCCGACUCCACAAUUGUUGUAGGCAAUGGCUGAGACCAGAAAAGCACACCAAAGCCCAGAUGCUGGACUUGGUUGUUCUGGAGCAGUUCCUGGCCCUUCUGCCCCUGAAAAUGGAAAGCUGGGUGUGGGAGUGUGGAGCAGAGACCAGCUCCCAGGCAGUGGCCUUGGCUGAAGGCUUCCUCCUGAGUCAGGCAGAGGAGCAGAAGAAGCAGGUUCAGUUGCAGUCCUUUGCUGUGGAGAUCAGAGAUCCUGAGAGAAGGAGGAAUCCAUCAAAUCCUUUCCAGGAGAUGUUGUUCAGGAGGAUCUCUCAGGAAGAUCCAAGCCAGGAUACCUCAGGAGUGAAGAAUAAAAUGAAGAUAACUCCUGCUUGUGAUGGAACUAAAACAAUUGUUCAACCAACAACUCAAGAGAGUCUUGUAUCCUUCAAGGAGGUGACUGUGUAUUUCUCCAAGGAGGAGUGGUCUCAGCUGAAUCCUGACCAAAAAGCGCUGCAUUGGGAAGUCAUGCUAGAAAAUCAUAGAAACAUAGCUUCUCUGGGUAAUAAUGGGGAAGAAAAUGAGGACUCUGGGGAACUAUUCCAAACAAUCAAUUCUGGAGACAGCAUGGAGAACCCUGCAAUUCAAAUGGAAGUAGAAAGCCAUGGGAGAAACCAGUCAAAUAAUUGGAAUCAGGAAAGCUCAUUGUCUGUUCAUGGUCCAAUGCAAGAUUUUAUUGCCCAACAAGGAAAAGCAAAUAAAAAAUAUAUUGGGAAAAGUGUAAAACUCUUCAAAGACAAAUUAGAUAUAAAUAAACACUUGGAAACUCAAACCAAAGGAGAUUAUGUAUGCAGAAACAAUCGAAAAAAUGACAAACAGACGUUCUUUUUUUUCCAUGAAAAUGGGUCCCGUACAUCUCAAAAAAGAACUCCCACAGGAGAGAAGCCAUAUAAAUGCAUGGAGUGUGGAAAGAGCUUUACUAAAAACAAUCACCUUACAAAUCAUAAGAGGAUCCACUCAGGAGAGAAGCCCUAUGAAUGCACAGAGUGUGAAAAGACCUUUGCUCAGAAUAGCCAACUUACUUCCCAUAAAAGGAUGCACACAGAAAAGAAGACGUAUAAAUGCAUAGAGUGUGGAAAGAGCUUUACUAAGAACUGUCAAUUUAUUUACCAUAGUAGGAUCCAUACAGGGGAGAAGCCUUAUAAAUGCAUGGAGUGUGGUAAGGCUUUUACUAGAAACAGUUCUCUUAACAUCCAUAAAAGAACCCACACAGGGGAGAAGCCUUAUAAAUGCAUAGAAUGUGGAAAGGGCUUUAUUAGCAGCAAAUAUCUGAAUUCCCAUAAAAUGAUCCACACAGGAGAGAAGCCACAUAAAUGCAUGGAAUGUGGAAAGAGCUUCACUCAUCGGAGAAUUCUUACCAUCCAUAAAAUGAUCCACACAGUAGAGAAGCCACAUAAAUGCAUGGAAUGUGGAAAGAGCUUCACUCAUCGGAGAAUUCUUACCAUGCAUAAAAUGAUCCACACAGGGGAGAAGCCGUAUAAAUGCAUGGAGUGUGGAAAGAGCUUUACUAAAAACAAUCACCUUACAAAUCAUAAGAGGAUCCACUCAGGAGAGAAGCCCUAUGAAUGCACGGAGUGUGAAAAGACCUUUGCUCAGAAUAGCCAACUUACUUCCCAUAAAAGGAUGCACACAGAAAAGAAGACGUAUAAAUGCAUAGAGUGUGGAAAGAGCUUUACUAAGAACUGUCAAUUUAUUUACCAUAGUAGGAUCCAUACAGGGGAGAAGCCUUAUAAAUGCAUAGAGUGUGGUAAGGCUUUUACUAGAAACAGUUCUCUUAACAUCCAUAAAAGAACCCACACAGGGGAGAAGCCUUAUAAAUGCAUAGAAUGUGGAAAGGGCUUUAUUAGCAGCAAUUAUCUGAAUUCCCAUAAAAUGAUCCACACAGGAGAAAAGCCACAUAAAUGCAUGGAAUGUGGAAAGAGCUUCACUCAUCGGAGAAUUCUUACCAUCCAUAAAAUGAUCCACACAGUAGAGAAGCUACAUAAAUGCAUGGAAUGUGGAAAGAGCUUCACUCAUCGGAGAAUUCUUACCAUCCAUAAAAUGAUCCACACAGGGGAGAAGCCACAUAAGUGCAUAGAGUGUGGAAAGAGCUUUACUAAGAACUGUCAACUUAUUUACCAUAGUAGGAUCCACUCAGGAGAGAAGCCCUAUGAAUGCAUGGAGUGUGGUAAGGCUUUUACUAGAAACAGUUCUCUUAACAUCCAUAAAAGAACCCAUAUAGGGGAGAAGCCUUAUAAAUGCAUAGAAUGUGGAAAGGGCUUUAUUAGCAGCAAAUAUCUGAAUUCCCAUAAAAUGAUCCACACAGGAGAGAAGCCACAUAAAUGCGUAGAAUGUGGAAAGAGCUUUACUAAGAACUGUCAACUGAUUUACCAUAGUAGGAUCCAUACAGGGGAGAAGCCUUAUAAAUGCAUGGAGUGUGGUAAAGCUUUUAUUACAAACAGUUCUCUUAACUUCCAUAAAAAAACCCACAGGGGAAAAGCCUUAUAAAUGCAUGGAAUGUGGAAAGACCUUUUCUCGGGGCCAUUAUCUUAAUUCCGAUAACAAUAUCCACAUAGGAGAAGCCAUUUAAAUUUGUGAAAUAUGGAGGGGGGAGGAAAACUUCAAGAGGAGCAAAGAUGCUUUUUCACUAGGCAGCUGGACUUUCUUGUUUUUCUUUGAAGACAUUUCGCUUCUCAUCCAAGAAGCUUCUUCAGCUCUUCAGGUGGAGCAAUGACUGAAUGUUCCAUAUACAGACCAUUUGAGUACAGUAUGAAUCCAUGUAAAUUGUACGUUUAGUUUUUGAAAUAUAAGCAUUUUCUAUUUACAUAUGCUGAAUUAGGAGAAGUUUUUUUUAAAUCUGAUCUUCACAAGUGGCAGUCCCAGAAAGCUGAAUUUACCAAUUGAAACCAAAUAAUGGGCAUGUGUUUUAAUUAUGAAAAGUGGGUUUUUAAAGCUGCCAUCAUUUGAAUGUAUUCAAUGCUAUUUCACAUAAAUAAGAGAAAAUCUUUUUUUCCUCCCAUUUAGACCAUUUUCCAUCUGAUUAUGAUAGAGAAGGCCCAAAUCCCUCCAAAAAGUUCUAUAAAUGUUUAAUUUUUGAGAGCAAGCUUAGGGAUUAGCUAACAAGAUGCAACUCCAGGCAUAUUAGGACAAGGCACAAAUCAGGAAAUACUUGGAGAAAUUAUAGCUGAAUAUGUAUUGCUGAAAUAAUAUUUGUGCUCAGGACGUUAUCUAAUGAAUAGUUUAAUUAAGCAAAUAUUUCACAUUUAAACUUUUAUAUAUAAUUCUUGGGGUGAACGGGGAACGUUUUCCAUUUUCUGUACCCUUUUAACUUUUAAGAAAAAAUUUCUGCGUUAUGUAGUUGUAUUAGUUUAAUUUGUACAUUGGGGAAAAUGCUAAUAAACUAUAUUUCUGUGUGUGUGUGUGUGUGUGAGAGAGAGAGAGAGAGAGAGAGCUAGGUACAGCUAUUGCUACAUUGAAGUUAGCUAAGAGUUUUUGCAUAAAGAGAUAUGGACACAAUUUGGCUUGCUAAAUCAUCUGUUAAGGCUUGCUAAAAACAGAACCCCAAAUGUAGACAUGGGAGAAGGCAAUUGCGUGAACAUGAAGCCUGGGAAAUGGAUGUGCUUAAAAUACAUUUUGAGCUGGAUGAUUAUAUGCUGGAAUAUAAAUAUUUUGGCUUGAAUCCAUAAAAUAAUGCAUGAGAAAAGGGGAAUUUAGAAGGGGGGGGCUGCUGUCUUACUGGAAAUUGGCGGUAAAUGUUCUGAUCAUUGCUAAAUAUUGUACCUGCAAACCAAGCAAUAUUAAUAAACAUUAAUGGGGUCUUAGGAUGAUCAAAGAGGGGAUGGCUUAAAGUGGGAGUAUCUGUAAAAAUGUAUUAUGGAAGGAGUGGUCUUUGCACAGGCCUAUUUGAGAAUGAUCCCCCUGUAUCUUUCCUCUACUCAGAAUAAAGCUUUUGCAAAUCUCCA